GAUGAGAUGUGCCCCAACGGUCAGGCAAUGUGUCAGUCAUAUGGUGUGCUCUCAAAUGAAAGCCCGGUGUGGAGUGAGCUAAACUCAAUCUGAAAGAAAGUUCCAAGAAACUCUGCAGGAAAUAGGGGCACAUUACAUGGAAAGAAAACCUGAGGUCCCGUCAAGAACGGGUAGGCCCUGGUACUACACUCAGAGGCAAGGGCUUUCGCGUUCUGAGCCGUCGCUUUCAGCGAAGAGCGCUGUCAGGCCAGUAACUCUGCCGCAGACCUUCAGGUCCACAGAAGGCAGCGUAUGGAUUGCUCACUAACCCUGAGGACUAUGUUUCGAACUAUCUGCCAUCGCAGGCUGGCAGUGGUUGCAACACAGCCCAGGCUACAGAUGGCGAUGUGCUUUCAGGAGCUGUGCUUCCAGAGGCUUGGGCUCAGAGGGGCUGCGGUGAUGCCUCCUUCGAAUCCUGGUCCCACCACUGAUGAUCCUUGUCUUCUUGGUAAAAGCCGGAGGAAUGCGAAUUUCCAAAAAACAAGAAAUUGGCGUCUUGGACAGACACACCAAAAAAACGGGAUUAGAGAAAACAAGCGCCAUUGCAAAUAUUGCCAAACUGCAGGCAAUGGAUACCCUGAACGACACACUGGAGAAGCCUGGAUUCUGCAGCAAUCUGUCAUGCCUUGAACAUAUACAUCCUGGCAAGUCCUUCUGUGUCCCAAGUCUUCUGCCCGCUCGCUGCUCACCCUCAGCAACCAGGAACACAUGUAUGGCCACAGCUAUUUAAUAUUCUGCAAACUUCCAUGCAGGUGCACAAGUCCCUCGAGCGUCUCCCACCACCACCAUUACCACCACCAACUCUUCUGGGACACUCCCAUUUCUCUGUCAGGUAACCAAAAGGUAAACACGUUUACUGGGUUUCCAGGAAGGGACUCUGAGACCCUGCUCAGCAAAGCUGUUCCUCUACUCCCUGCCUCUGCUCUUGGUUCUAGCCCCCUGAAGACCCUUUUUGCUCCUCUGUCUCCCAGUGUUAACCUGUCCGGAUAAUAAUCUGCAGCUU